AUGGCAUCAGAACGUAUCACCACGCCGGAUCCUGAGGGGGAGCGUGAGGCAUUACGUCGUGAAAUUUUGGAGACACGGAAUGGGCUGUAUGAAAAAGGAGGGACCGUUAUUUUCAGUCAGAUUCUUGGCCCCAUACUUCACCAUGGGUCCAGUUUGAUCUAUGCGCCCGAUGAGGCGUUAUGGAAGGCACCGGGAAACACGGGAACCGCGAAAGGUGCGAUGAAGAAAUUUUUGGCCCCGUUGACACCUGCGGCUUUGAAGCAACAUACUCUUCGAAAGAUCUUCUUCCUUGUUGUCUUUGGUGCGGCUGCUGUCAUGCUCAAGAAACAUUCAUUGGAGAUCAAGUGUUGGACACAGAAUACCUUCCUGGGCUGGGCUGAGCUGAAUAAGGAAAUGGCGUGGUGGAUGAGGGGUUUGAGCAUUUGUCUAAUGAUGGUAUUGCGACUUGCUGUCAGCAAUGUGCUUCCAUUCACAUCCCCCGCCUUCGCGUACCUCAUUGCGGUGUCGCAGCCCAAAGGCGAGGAUUGGAAGGGAGUCUUCUACCUUCUGAUUUGCAGCGCACCUGCAGGCGCCGUAUUGCCCAUGCUUGACGCGAUUCUUUAUUGGGUCACGAGCCCGUGUAUCAAAGAGCGGGAUGACAAAAAGAACCAUUUCAUCGCCACGGAAUUCUGCAGCGCCUUGACGGACUAUUUGCCUUUCUCCUUCUGGGUCCGUCCGUACUUCAUGGAACCAGCAUUUGAAUCAGUACACAAGGAUGCAAAAAAAUCGCCAGAGUGUGCGGCCGCAACGGCAGUGUUGGCAGGGCAUUUCAUGAUUUGGUCUGGCCCAGCGACAACCAUGUACAGUCGUAAAUUUGUCCCCGAUUGGUUGACUGCGAUAAUGAUCCAACCGCUUGGGAUGACCGAAGAUGUCGCCGUUGUCCUUGCCACAUGGGCUGGUGGAUCUGCAAGCGACCGACAAAAAGCCGAGCUUUCCCUCUAUGUCUUCAUGCUGGCCAUGAACUUGGUGAAUUGCAUCACCGACUGGGACGAGAAGAAACACCGUAUCAGGCGUCACUGUCAGCGCUUAAUCGUGGCUUCACUAACGGUCAGCUUGUUUUCGUUCAGGUACUAUAAGCAGCAAUGGUUCCCGUUCUCAGACGAGGAGUUCCAAUUCACCACGACGACCGUAACAACAACGGGUGGGCCACAGUGUCAAGCCAUUCACUCAAAUGUCAAGUUCAUGCUCGAGACAGUUGCAUGGGUGUCUGCCAUGGCCGUGCUGUUCCGCAUCAUUGCAAAAGUACUGACGUAUCCAUGCUUCUGUGAAGAAACACCCGUGAUGUCUGUUGAUAACGGGACAGAGCCCCUACUGAAUGCGAAAGCUUGA